AUGAAUGGUUCCUCUUCAUUUCGAUAUCCCUGGCAAGUUGCCAAGAGGCCGGAACUACCAAUUGCUGAGAGUCCGAUAACAGGUUGUGUGGCGACAAACACUGAGGGCUCAGUGAGUGAACUACCGUCUUGUGAAGUUGAUGGAAACGGCGCAGCUUCAUCUGAUGAAAACGUGUUAACAGAUUUCGCCUCUAGUCCUACACCUUCACCUAAUGAUGACUUGGAAGAGCUUGAACGCUCAGUUAUCGACAUGGAGAGGUAUGUUGAUGAACUACAAUUUGAGCUGCUUAAAUUUCGACAAGCUGAUGAAGUAAAGAAGACAAGUAUAGAUCAACCACCCCAGCCUUUUAAAGAAUUUCUAAAAGAUUUACAAAUUAUAGUUGGUAGCUUAGAGGCUCAUAAAACCGAUUACACCUUGGUCACCGAUAUACAAACAGAAAACGUGAGGCUACGGGAGGAGCUGCUUAAGUUCACCAAUGAGAAGGAACAACUGGAAACUCAGAUUGAUGAGCUGAAACAGCUCCAUGAAAAUGAAUUGAAGUCACUUCGGUCAACGAAUGAUGAAGGGAUGGCCUCCAUGCGCAAAGCAUAUGAAGAGAAAUGGGAGAGGCAGGUGAAGGAAUUCAACCAGCUAAUUGAAAAGGAACGCGAGGACUUUGCCAAGCAGAGGGAGGCUUGGAAUGAAGAGAAAGCCACAGGCUGGACACCGAAUCAGGUGGGUCUUCCUGUCUUUAGGGCUGGACACCGAAUCAGGUGGGUCUUCUGUGUCUUUAGGGCUGGACACCGAAUCAGGUGGGUCUUCUCCAUUUCCUCCUGUGGGACACCGAAUCAGGUGGGUCUUCUCCAUUUCCUCUUGAAGGUUACAUAG